UGCAUUCUAGUCCGUCCCUGACACACACAGCCAGUGCGGGUUCCACGAUCCGAUCCCCCUCCCGCAUUUUCACACGCGGCAAGCGAAUUUAACUCCCGCCUCUCCCGCCGCCGCGCGGCACAUGGACCUCCCCGUGGUGGAUCUCGCGCCCUACCUGCAGAUCGCCGCCGACGGCGCGGCGCCGGCGGACGCCGCCGAGGAGGCGGUGCGCGCGCUCUGCGCCACGGUGAGCGCCAGCCUCCGGGACACGGGGGCGCUGCUGGUCAAGGACCCGCGCUGCUCCGCCGCCGACAACGACCGCUUCCUCGACGUCGUCGAGCGCUACUUCGCCCGAUCCGCCGAGUCCAAGCGCCUCCAGGAGCGCCCUCACCUCCACUACCAGGUCGGCGUGACACCAGAAGGUGUGGAGGUACCUCGCAGCCUUGUCGACGGGGAGAUGCAGGAGAGGAUCAAGAGCAUGCCGGACGAGUUCCAGCCAGCCACCCCCAAGGGACCGGACCCGAAAUGGCGGUACAUGUGGAGGGUGGGCCCUCGCCCGUCGAAUACCCGCUUUAAGGAACUCAACUCAGAACCUGUUAUCCCCGAUGACUUGCCGGAGUGGAAAGACACGAUGGAUUCCUGGGGUGCAAAGAUGAUUUCUGCAGUUGAGGUUGUUGCUGAGAUGGCUGCGAUUGGAUUUGGCUUGCCAAAGGAUGCAUUUAGCUCCUUGAUGAAGGAGGGGCCGCACCUCCUAGCACCAACUGGAAGUGAUCUGGAGCGCCACGGUACUGAAGGCACCGUUUUUGCUGGGUUCCAUUAUGAUCUUAAUUUCUUGACCAUACAUGGCCGAAGUAGAUUUCCAGGCCUGAACAUUUGGUUAAGAAAUGGUAAAAAGAUGGACGUGAAGGUCCCUGUUGGCUGUCUUCUCAUUCAGUCAGGGAAACAGUUGGAGUGGCUUACUGGUGGUGAGUGUUUAGCUGGAAUGCAUGAGGUAGUGGUGACCAAGAGAACACUAGAGGCUAUAGCAUUAGCUAAAGAGCAAAAUCGAAGCCUGUGGAGGGUCUCAUCAACACUAUUCUCGCACAUUGCUUCUGAUGCGACGCUUAAACCAUUGGGGCACUUUGCUGAAGCAGCCAAUGCUCCUAAUUAUCCGCCAACGUAUGCAGGGGAGUAUGUCGAGCAAGAGCUCUCGGCGAUUAAUCUGAAAGGGAAGGUUGCAUUAUAGGUGCGUAGGCUGCCAAUUGAUCAGAUGAAUCAUAUAUGGUCAGAACGCGAAAUGCGAUAGUGCUAGCUGAUACUUGUAUCUUCAUUCCCCGUUGCUUGCAGACUGAGGUUGCCUCGGAUGAUUCCCUAGGCAACCCUUCUAUGUCCAUGCUAAGUGUGAUGUUCUGGUGUACUAAACUGAUGUUACUUGUGAAAAAUAAAUACAAUAUUGUUAACUUCGAAA